CUAAGAGCUUUUAAAUGUGACUGUUCUGGGCAAAACAAGUGAAAUAUGAAGGGAUUUUUCCACCAUUUCAGUAUGAAGAACUGUCAUUUAGACCAUCAUGUGGGGAGAUAAAAUUAACAGAAAGAAAUUAACAGCAUAAAAAAUGAAAAUUUGAAGAUUUUGUUUGUGUCCAUGCAGGCAAACAUUAAAAGCGAGGUUCAACUGGGAUCAUUUGUUCUGGAUCAGGAGUCAUCACCACCAGAGGGCGAGGGAGACCAGCUCUCACUCCCAGUGUUGGACCUGCGUCAAGCUGGAAACAAACAGCUCGAAAAAGACCGGAAAAUCCGAGCGAGUGUCCAAAAUAAAAGCACGAUUUGGUGAAAAUUCGUUUGCUGUCGGGACCGGAGGUUGUGAUCCUCCACAGUGUGUGUGUCGGAUCUCCCUGAGGACAGACGCGCUCCUGUGGAGACAGCGGACUCCUCCGCGUCUUUAAACACACCGAAGCCUUUAAAAGCCUGAAGCAUGCAAUGUGCUCUGUGUAAAGGUUAGAGAGGGCGGAUCGCCGCUGGACACCCCCGCCGUCCAGCAACCCCGGGGUCGCGCUUUGUUUGCAGAGGAGACCCACCUUUUCUUCUACCAAAAACUCCAGAAAUCCUGAUCAUGGAUCCUCUACAAAAUGGGAAUGAUUGUGAGGAGGACUCGCAGUGUGCUGAGGAGGAAGAAGAAGUAGACCCAAGAAUUCAGGGAGAACUGGAGAAGUUAAACCAGUCUACAGAUGACAUUAACCGCUGGGAGAGUGAGCUGGAGGACUGCCGUCAGCGGUUUCGCGCCGUGCUGGUGGAAGCAACAGUGAAGCUGGACGAGCAGGUGAAGAGGAUUGGGCGAGCUGUGGAUGACUCCAAACCUUACUGGGAAGCCCGCAAAGUAGCAAGACAGGCGCAGGUUGAAGCCCAAAAGGCCACUCAGGAGUUCCAGCGGGCGGUGGAGAUCCUGCGGGCAGCCAAGGAAACCAUCGCCCUCGCUGAGGAGAGGCUGCUAGAGGAGGACAGCCGCCAGUUUGACUCCGCCUGGCAGGAAAUGCUCAACCAUGCCACACAGAGGGUGAUGGAGGCCGAGCAAGCGAGAACUCGCAGUGAAGCUGAACACAGGAAAACAGCAGCCAACUACAACUCCUGCAUCAGCCACAUGAGGCAGUUAGAGAAGAAACUCAAACGCUCCAUCAGCAAAUCCAGACCAUAUUUUGAACUGAAAGCCAAAUACUACCUUCAGCUUGAGCAACUGAAGCGUAAUGUGGACGAGCAUCAGGCCAAACUGGUGGUCGCCAAGGCCGAGUACCGUGCAGCACUACGCAACUUAGAGAGCAUUUCCGAGGAGAUACAUGCCCAGCGACGCUCCCUCGCCAUUGGGACCAGGGAGCAGGGUGUUGGUGCGGAGGGAGAUGGAGGCAAUGAGGACAUUGCCAACUUCAAGAUGGAGUCAGACGGUCUGUCAAUGGUGUCAGUGUCAAUUGACGAAGAGGGCAGUCGCAGUAGCAGCUCAGAGGAGGAGACCGACACCCGCUCUGCCUCCUCACCCCGAGCCAUGCCCUCCUCACCGUCCUCUUCUUCCUCCCAUCCUUCCACCUCUGCCUCCACCCCCCUCGACACGACCUGCCCGUACCCCUCCUCCUCCCUCUACUCCCCUUGCUCUUACAUCUCCACCUCUCCCUCGUCGUCCGUCCUCUCGUCCUCCUGUCCCGGGGGCCUGGAGUUAGUGAGCCCCUGCAGUUCUCAUGACCCAGACUCAGUGUGCGGUUCUGGGCAUGCCUCACCUCUCCUGGGCCCUCGCAGCCAGUGCAGUGGAGCUUCCUCUCCAGACUGCGACCAGGAGAGAGGUGACAGAGCAGAAGGAGCAGAGGCCACGCUCGAGGCCGGCCUGAGCAAGCUAACCUUGACUAUUACACAAAAACAAGGGGACUCUGGGGACGAGCAAGACCCCCACUACAUUAACCCUGAAAUCUCCUCUCCCAGCUCAGCCACUGCCAUUCUGCUUCUUAACAGUGUCUAAUGAACGUCUGUUGUACCUAAAAAACACUUACCGUGCCCAGCUUCAAGUCUCAAACUGGACUCACUGGCACAAGACGUGGAACACAGCAGGAGGAAGUGCCCACUGUAAGCAAAGAGAGAGCGAGCUGAACAGGCCCAGCUCCAACCAACCAUUGACAUUAUAUCACAGUAUUCAUCAGAUGGUGUCACGUUAAAGGUGCUACCUGUAGUGUAUUUGAACAUCAGUAUAUGUAUAUAUAUUGUAAACAAGAGCAGGGGCAAGGUAAUCUGUGUUCCCUAUUUCACACCAUUAUUGUUGCUAGGGUUAAUCAGUAGACUACAUUUCCCAUAAACCUCAUUGCUUCAUAUUGCAAAACUGAUUUCACUGUCUGUGUUUCUGCUUGAAGAAGAACACCUUCUUCUUUGUGCCAUAAAGGAAUUUUUCUCUUGUGAUGUACAGCAGUGUGGCAAAUGUCCUGUCCAUCAGGACAUCCUCUCGUCAGUGGUGUAGCUUCAUAGUGACGUGUCAAAAUUAAUGUGGUUAACUUUUAUUGAUACUGAAAUGCUGCAUUGGGCACCACUAAGAAUAUUUUGUAUUAAUGUGAACAGUGAGCCUCUUUUUUGGCUCUGAAUCUCCAUGUGAGGAACCAAAUGGAACAAAAACAAGCAAUCUAAUGUUGGAUUAAGUCUUUUUCUGCCUUGGUUUUUUUUAACUCCUCCUGUAACUCCUGUCAGUUCUUUUUUUUUUUUUUUUGGUGGAACAGUUAUCAAGGAAGAAACUGGACCGCAAGCAGUACUCUGAGCACUAAACUAAAGAUGGGACUGAACCUCUUGAGACACAAAUGGUCUUCCAUUGAUAUUUGUGAAUGAGUAAGUUAAUAUGUUCUUGAGUGCAGAAUGGAAACCUGAGGUGAGUUGGAUGUGUGACUGAGCGAAUGUCUUUUUUUGAGUGUGUGUAUUUUUGACAAAUGUUCAAAUACUACCCUGUAGCACAGAUAUUCUAUAUUUAUACUCCUGUAUUCUUGUAUAUUGACAAUGUUUUGUGGUUACUGUUGUCAUUAGCACAAAAUAAGCAAUAAACGUGUUUCAUGUAA